AUGAAAGUUAUUAUUAAUUUUGGUGAAAAAAGAGUCGUCGUACCAUGUGGUAAUGAUGGCGAUAUAUCUAUACGGGAAUUAAUUAAUACAGCAACAGCUAAAUAUUGUAAAUUGUCAUACAAUAAUGGUUCAGUUUUGAACAGUGAUCAAGUUCAAUUAAGACUUAAUAAUGGUGCUGUUGUAGAUCCUGAUGAUCGAGUGUGUGAUGUAGUUGAUGAUCGAGAAGAGUUAUAUGCUAUUAUUGAUUGUCAACAAUCAAAUUAUCCUUCAUAUACAACAACUAUAAAUAGCAAUGGUGAUUUAUCUUCAAGUGUAACUAGUUCAAAUUUAUCAUCAAGUUUAUCAGAACAUGAUCGUUUAAUGGUAUCAAAUUCAAAUAAUCGUCAUGAAGUGAUUGUGACUGAUGCCGAUCUUCGAACUCGAUCUUUACGUGUUAAAAACGAUCCAAAUUCGAAUUCACAACAAUCAAUAUUACAACAAUCAUCGUUUAAUAGCAAAAUAAAACAUCGACAAAUGUAUUCACCACCAACACAUGAUGCAACAAAAAUUCAAUCAUCUGAUGAUAUCACUGGAAUGUAUAAUGUUUAUAUAGAUGAAAUAACUGGUGAUAAAAUAUUUUCAAUUAUAUUACCAAAAGAAAAUAGUCCCUUAGGUAUACAUGUUGUACCAUAUAAUGGUGAUGAACAACAAGUUAAUGGUCUUGUUUUACAAAAUAUUGAAGCUGAUGGACGUAUUAAACGACAAGGUAUAUUACAAUUAAAUGAUAGAAUUAUUGAAAUAAAUCGAACAAAUAUUGAACGAUGUUCAUUUGAUAAAGCUCAAUUAAUAUUUCGAACAGCAUUACUUGAACCAGAACUUGAAUUAAAAAUUGUUCGAAAUAUGAAAAAACCACCAAUACCACCUAAACCAACAUCAUUUCGUUCAACUAAUAAAACACGUUCAACAUUAUCAGAAAUUAAUCAAAACAAUGAUCUAUUAUUUGUUGAUAAUGAUCCAAAUAUGAAUUCAUUAAAUACUAGACGUUUAGGAAAAAUUAUUAAAAUUACACUUGUUAAAGGAAAUGAUGGUCUUGGUUUUAAAUUAGCAUCACGUGACAAUCCAACCGGUGUUGCCAAUCCAAUAUAUGUUAAAACAAUAUUUCCAAAAGGUGCUGCUAUUGAAGAUGGACGUUUACAACGUGGUGAUCGUUUAUUAACAGUUAAUUCAAUUGAUGUUACACAAAUGUCAUUACAAGAAACAGUUGGUUUAUUACGUGAAACACGUAUUGGUGAAACAGUUGAAUUAUGUAUAUCAAGACAACGUGAUGGAUCAUUACCACAAGAUCUAAUGAAUGAUGAAAUGCAAAUAGUUGAUAUAAAAACUGAAAUAAAACCACAAAUAAUGACAUUUGAUAUACCAUUAAAUGAUACAUCUUCAGCUGGUCUUGGAAUAACAUUGAAAGGAAAAACAUCUAUUGUUGAUGGACAAUCUAUUGAUUUAGGAAUAUUUGUUAAAAGUAUAUUAACUGGUGGUGCUGCAUCUCGAGAUAAUCGAUUAAAACCUAAUGAUCAAAUUCUUGUUAUAAAUGAUUCAUCAUUAAUAAAUAUGUUAAAUUUAGAAGCUGCUGCUAUUUUACAUGAAGCUGUACGACAUGAAAUUCAUCCUGGACAUAUUAAAGUAACUAUAUCACGUUUACCAAUAACAACAGAUGAUCAACAUAUAAAUUCUACAAGACAUGUUAAAGAAAUUGAUUUAUCACCACCACCAUCAUCAUCAUCAUUAAUGCCAGUAAAUAAUGAUGAAAAUGAAUUAGAUCUUACUACAUUUGUUCCACCACCACUCAUACGAAAACCUCCAACACAACCAUCACAUCGUCAUUCAUCUCGAUUAGAAUCAACACGAUUAACAGAUUCUGAUAUGCGUUCAACAAGUCCUCGAUCAGCAUCAGCAACAACUCGUUCAAUAAUUAAUCAAUCACCAUGUAGAAGUAAACAAACAUUUAUUCAAUCACAAAAUGAACAAAAAACUUUAGAUGAUAUUGAUAAUAACGGUAUUAAUCCAUUUGAACGUGAAACACCAUUUCGUCAAAGUAUCUCAGAAAAACGUCGUUUAACAAAUCAACCAAAUAAACAAGUUAUUCAAUGGAAACAACGAUCAUUUCAUGAAAGUCGAACAUCAAAUGAACGAAAAUCAUAUCCAUUAUCGACUACAGCAUCAAUUGAUAUUCUUACACCUGUUAUUGAUUUAUCUGAUGACGAUGAUGAUGAUAAUGAUCUAAAUGAGAUAGAUAAUCAUUGUCGAUAUAGUGUAACGAGACGAUCAGAACAACCAGUACGAGCAUUGCCUGAUUCAUCAUCAUCAAAAAAUAAUCAUAAUAAUCGUUCAUCACCUAUUCUUAUACGUUCAUCAUCAUUUGAAAGUAUACAUACAACAACUGAAGGACAUGAAUCACCAAAUGUUAUACUUAUUAAUGAUGACGAACGAAAACGUCAAGCAAAAUUACGUAGUCGAGCAUGUAAUGAUUCAUUUCGACAAGCUGUUGAUAAAUCUUAUUGUCAUAAUCAAAAUGUCAAUGAGGAUGAAACUGCGAAUGAUGAUAAAUUAAAUAAAUCAGAAAAACCACGAUUUCGUUUUUCGAAUUUAUUUUCUUCCAAAUCGAAACGAAAAGAACACCAAGAGGAAACAAUAAAUAAAACAAUAGUUAUUCAACAUCAAACACCUACGCAUGAUAAUCGUCCAACAUUUUUUCCACCUCCACCACCACCAUUUACUUCACGACAAGACUCAACUUCAUCAUCAUCAUCAUCUGCUAAUAGACCAUCUAAAAUUCAAAAUAACGAUCGUUCUUCAACUGUAUUUUCAUAUUCAUCAACAUCAAAUGAACAACAACAACAACAGCAAGGUUAUCAACCAUAUCGUUUUGAUUCAAAUCAAAUAUCUUUACAUGGACAACAAAAACUUGAUCAUUUAAAAUCAACACGUUAUGAAUCUCAAAUAAUACAUGAUUAUCCAUCAAAAAAUGUACCUGGUAAAUCAUCAUUAUCAAUGAAUAGUCAAAAAUCUUCACAUCCACCUAUACCAAAACAAUUUUUAUAUACAAAUAUAAAUGGUUCACAAUCAUUAAAACAACAUCAAUCAUCUCCUCAUCCGUCUAUUAUACCAGUAUCAUCAAUGCGUUUACCAUAUCCAUCAACAUUUACUGUACAACCAGCACAAUAUACAUCAUAUAGUCAUAAUAUGGAUACUCCUAUCAAUACAUCUUAUCAACAACAAACAAGACGAAUAGGUUAUACAGCGGCACCUGUCUAUCCAACAUCACGAAAUUAUUUUCAUCUUGAAAGUCCGGCUAAUGUUUAA